UCUGUCGUGGCACGUGGCACACUGAACAACAUUGCAGCCGCGCGCAAUUAUGUCCCGACCUUCCUCAACUUUUCUGCGCAGACCAGCAGCAAUAGGACACAGGAGAUAAUCGAGAGUAAAUUGGAGAAACGCAAGAAGGGCAUUCGUGGAGCACCAAAAGACAAACGAGUGAUUCUGUUUGUCGAUGAUUUGAACAUGCCAAGAUUAGACACUUACGGAAGUCAACCACCAAUAGAACUGUUGCGUCAGCUAAAAGACUUUGGUGGAUUCUACGAUAGGGACAAGCUGGAAUGGAUUACAAUACAGGAUGUGACGUUGUCGGCGGCUUGCGGACCUCCAGGUGGUGGCAGGAAUCCAGUCACACCUAGGCUAAUUAGACAUUUCUCGGUGUUCACAAUUCCUCCACCUUCGGAAGUCAACUUAAAACAGAUAUUCUCAACCAUUCUUAAA